ACAGCUGUUGAACCUGCACAGGUGUUCCCAAUGACGUCAGUAAGUGGACAGACGCUUUCCAGCCAUGCUCAGCAAAACCAUGGCAGUGAACUCGACGUCAUCAUCUUAUCAAGCCACAUAAAGGAAGAUCUCACUUCUGAUUGGUUGACGACAAGGAAGUGCCGCUCCAGCCAAUCACACACUCGUUUACUCGCCGACUCGCCAGUACCAACAUGGCAGCGCUCUGAGUUCUGCAGGAAGGAAACAGUAGUAAAUAAAGGCACAUUUGACGUUUUAGUCGUAGCGACAGCGUCCGGACGUCUGUGUUUACGACUGGGUGGACCUGUGAGGGAAAAUGUCGAGUGACGGGAGUAAAAAACAGUUCUGGAAAAGAAACGCAGCUAAGGUUCCUGGCAGCAUUCAGCAUGUGUAUGGCGCACAACAUCCACCUUUCGAUCCACUCCUCCAUGCUAACUUGAUCAAAGCAGGCAGCAAGCCGUCUCCCAGCACGCCUGGCAAGCCCAAGAAGGCCACAACUUUCCAAGAGUUUGAGAGCAUCACCAGCGACGCCUGGGACGUCGGCGAUGACGACGACGAGCUCCUGGCCAUGGCUGCGCAGAACCUUAACAUUGAGGUUGUCAUGGAGACGGCCAAUAAGGUGAUCGAGAAUCACAGCAAGCUGCAGGAGAGACAGAAGCUGGACGACACCACGGAGUCGCCUCAGAGAGGGGAUGACGACACGCAAGAGGUGGAAGAUGAGGAGGAAGAGGAAGAGGACGAUGAGGAUGACAGAGUGGAGGAGGGUGACUUGACCAGUCCGGAGGUUUUGUUUCCGUUCCAGAGCAGUCCCGACACCGAAGGACGCUUGGUUAAAUCCCAUAGUGAAGCUCCUAUUGGAUCAUCGAAAGAAACAGCAGGUGAGCACGCCGCCCUCUACAGACAACGCUCUCUGCCCCACCGGCCCCCCGUCAUCCCGCUCGUAGCUCGCAUGGCUGACCAGAACACAUCAGGCACUCCAGCCAUGACGGAGAGGGAGGCGUCACGUCUAGAUAAAUUCAAGCAGUUGUUGGCUGGACCCAACACAGAUCUUGAAGAACUUCGAAAACUCAGCUGGUCUGGAAUCCCCAGACAAGUUCGACCAAUCACGUGGAAGCUCCUCUCUGGUUACCUGCCAGCCAACGCAGAGAGGCGAGACAAUGUCCUCCAGAGGAAGCGACAGGAGUAUUUUGGCUUCAUCCAGCAGUACUACGACUCCCGCAAUGACGAACACCAUCAGGACACAUACAGACAGAUCCACAUAGAUAUCCCUAGGAUGAGUCCUGAGUCUUUGGUGCUACAGCCAAAGGUGACAGAGAUAUUUGAACGCAUCCUCUUCAUUUGGGCCAUUCGGCACCCAGCCAGCGGCUACGUUCAAGGCAUCAACGACCUGGUCACGCCGUUUUUUGUGGUCUACGUCUUUGAGUACAUCGAGGAAGAAGUGGAAAACUUUGACGUGUCCAGUCUCCAGGAAGAGGCUUUGAGGAACAUCGAAGCUGACAGCUUCUGGUGCAUGAGCAAACUUCUGGACGGCAUCCAGGACAACUACACUUUUGCACAGCCGGGCAUCCAGAGAAAAGUCAAGGCCUUAGAAGAGCUGGUCAGCAGGAUUGAUGAGUCUGUGCAUCAUCACAUGCAACAUUACGAGGUAGAAUACUUGCAGUUUGCCUUCCGUUGGAUGAACAACCUUUUGAUGAGGGAGCUCCCGCUACGAUGCACCAUCAGACUGUGGGACACCUACCAGGCUGAACCAGAGGGUUUCUCCCAUUUCCAUCUGUAUGUUUGUGCAGCCUUCCUGGUGAGGUGGAGGAAAGAGAUUCUAGAGGAGCGAGACUUUCAGGGCCUGAUGAUUCUUCUGCAGAACCUUCCCACAAUGCACUGGGGCAACGAGGAAGUUAGCGUACUCUUGGCCGAGGCCUACCGGUUGAAGUUCGCCUUCGCCGACGCCCCCAACCACUACAAGAGAUGAUGACUCUUCUUCUUCUUCCUCCUGGUGAUUCUUUGUUCCUCCAGAUUUGGCCAAAGGACGAUUGAGCUGUAAGAGAUUGAAAUAACGGAGAGGAUGUAGCACUGAACCAAUUGACGUGAAACCCUUUUUCUAUUUGGAUUUACUUUGGAUAUUGCAUCGCCCACGGAAAACCACCCUCUGAUGCGACGUAGAGUGGUUGCUUACGAUCGCCUGGGGGUGUUCUGGCUUUAUUCUCUGACCUUUUUUGUCAGUUUUGUCAAGUCAACGCAGGACGGUGGAAAGGGCAGAGCGCAUGCCGUACAUAACUGAGCCUUCUUUCUUGGUCAACCUUGACAAACAUGACCUCCUCGGCUCCUUUCUCCCCCGCCUUCGCCUUGCCCCUGUGGGAUGAGACUUGUUCUUGACAACAUCUCCGGGCCGAGAGGAUCCCCCCCUCUAAGUUCAGAGAGCUUCAUCAGCAUCCAAAUAAAUCAAGCACUGAGAGUAAGAAUUUAUUACCCUGGGAUGUCUUAUUUAUUAGCUCCAGGGAAGUCAUAAAGAGCGGCUCAAUAAGGCACGCGAGGAUCAAGGAGUUACAUUGUACAUCGAUAUGGGAAAGAUUUUCCAUAAAGAACCCUGAUAUUGUUUGCAAACAUAUGAACCCGAAGAUCCGUUAUGGUUGUCACCUGAGGGAUAAAGAUGUUUCCAUGGAAGUUCCUCCCUCUUCUUUCCAGCAGGCUGACUGGUAACGGACAAAUCACCUCAAAUCUUAUUGCCUUUUUUUCAGCCUUUUAGAGUUUUUUUUAAUGCAGUUUUUGAUUUGUCCACAUAAUCUCAUUAAAUUGUGCCUGACGUCAGGAAAAUAUAGAAGUUCGAUUUUAAUGUGAGUUGGAAACCCCAGCCCCUUAAUCGUGAUAGUUCAAUCAUAUGGCAGCAAAUCUAUCAUCGUUUUUUGGUUUUUUUUUCCCGCCGUCUGUUUGGGAAAUUGUUUUAAAAAAUGCACAAGGAAGGGUGAGGCUUAUUAAAUAGUCACUUUUGUUCUUACCGCCUAGUCACUUUUUUUUAACAGCAGGUAUAAAAAAAAAAAAAUGCACAUUCAGACUAUUUUCUUAUAUUUUUUUUAUUUUUGAUAUUUUACAAACAAAUCAAUAGAAUAACUAACAAUCUAAUCUGAGUCUGCUCACACAAGCAACCCCAUGGUGAUGAAAGCCAUGGCUGGAGCCUUCUUUUUCUUCACAUAGUGCACACACACACACAUACUGAACUUCAAAACCACCUUUGAUGAAUCUCCUGGAAGGCAUCCCAAGUAACAAUUUCUCCCAAUAGUUUUUGCUCUCCUUACCUGGAUGUAUAUUUAUGGAAAACCAACCGAAAAAUAAAGAAAAAAUAUACCUCCCACGGCUCCAGAGUACUGACAAAAUCAAACAGUAGUACGUGCGAGGGCAUGUAGUGGUUCCCAAAACACAUGUAUAGACAUUUUUGAAGUUGGAAAAAAAAACUGUAUAUAGAAAAUGUAAAUAAAUCCUCUAUAUGACAAAUGGACAUGACUGUCACAUUGAUUUGGACUGUUUUGAUUGACAUUUUGCAGAUGUGAGUGUUUUCUUUUUCUGUCCUGCAGCGAUCAGCACAUUGGUAUAAUGCAUUGAGAGCCUUAAGUGAUGGAAAGCCACGAUGAGCAUGUGUGUCCAAUGCUGAAGUUCCCUGCUUCUUGUUAGGCUGAGUGAUGUUCACACAAGCAGCCAAUUAUGGAGUAGUGGUCACUGAGGACUACACGUCAUUUCAUGGGAAAUUAAAAAUACAUUAGUAGCAACAAUGGUGCGGUUCUGUAUCCAUGUGUCUUGCAUCACCUUUAAAGGGGGCAUUACAUCAUUACACAUUUAAGCCUCGCCUUAACGUAAGCAUUAGCUUGGGUCUUAUCCUUAAAAUGGAAUGUUCCCAAGAGUUGUCAACGUGUGGAAUAUAUGCAAAUAUUGCCAACAAACGAAACCAGUUAGAACUGGGGAAAAAAACCCUCCAGGGUCAUUGUUUUAUUUUAAUUUUACUUUUAUUUUGUUUUUUUAUUGUAGUACAUAAUUGACUUUUUCUAGUUUUGAUAUUAUCAUUCAAUUUGACUUAACUUCAUUUUAUUUUUACUAUGCGUGGAAAUAUGGGGUAAUAACUAUAAAAGCAAUCUUCACUCGCUAAAUGUACUGCAAAAAAGGUCAGUAAGGAUAAUUCAUAAUGCCGCGUACAGAGAACAUACUAACUCCUUAUUUCUAAAAUCACAAAUACUUAAACUUGCUGAUAUAGUUAAUUGGUUCACAGUUCCUCAUACUUCUCUACAAGAGAGGAGAAAUAUGAUCUCAGGGAAGAACUACA